AUGGUAUCUUUGCUCGAUUAUGAUCAAAUAAAUAAUCUGGGAGAAUUAAUAACAAUUCAUCCUAGUACAAUAUAUCAUCGUCAUAUUGAUCUACUUCUUUUACCAUCAAUACGAAAUAGAUUUUUACUUGCACAAAAAGAUAAUUUAAUUAUUCAUGGGCGUGAUCCUGGUUUAUCACGUUCAAUUUAUUCAUCAUGUCAUUCACAUUAUCCUAUUUAUGAUAAGACAUGGCUUUCACAUAAUAUUCAUAUGCAGAAGAAUCCUUUAACACUUAGUCAUUAUAUAAAUCAUUUUCCUAAAAAUGGAUUAUCUAAUGUAAUAUAUUAUAAAUAUGAUUUAUAUCGUUUUGUACCUAAUAUUCGUUAUGCUGAAAUAGAUGAUGAUGAUAAUAUUAAAAGAAUGCCAUCAACAAUACUUAUUUCUUUAAGACCAAUAAAAAAAGAUGAAGAAUUAGUUUCAUGUUAUCUUAAUCUUAUUCAACAAGAAAAAAAAUGA